AUGGCUGCCACAGAUCAAAUCCGACAAAUGGUGAAUUUCAUCCUCCAAGAGGCUCAUGAAAAGGCCAACGAAAUUCGUGUCAAGACCGAACACGAUUUCAACUUGGAAAAGCAAACUUUGGUCCACGAAGCCAAAUUGAAUAUCCAAGACGAAUUCACCAAGAAGGAAAAGGACCAAGAAAUCAAGGAACGCAUUACCCGUUCUGCGGAAGUUGGAGAAUGCCGUGUCAAGAAGAUGAAGAUCCGUGACGAACUUUUGAACUCUCUUGUGCAAGAAGCUAGCUCCAAGGCUGCGGUUGUGACCAAGGGACAGAACUACCCACAACUCUUGCAAAAGUUGAUUGUCCAAGGUCUCAUCAAGAUUGAGGAAAGCACUGUCGCUGUUUAUUGCCGUGGAGAGGACGUUGACACCGUCAAAGGAGUCAUUGAUGCUGCUGUGGAGGAAUAUGUGGAAAUCAUGAAGCGAGAAUCCUCUGUCACUCUCAAGUGCAAUGUCUUUGUCAAUACUGACCGAUCUCAGGACUUGCCAGAUUCCAGCUGUGGUGGUGUCUUGUUGACUGCCUUGAAAGGAAAGAUUGUUUGUGAUAACACCAUGAAAUCUCGGCUUACAUUGGUAUACGAAGAACUCUUGCCUUCGAUCCGUGCCAUUCUUUUCCCUGAUGAACAGAGUAAACAGUAA